AUGACCGCAGAUUCCCAGCCGAAUGAUGCCUCACCUCAACGCAUCGACCUCGCAGCCUCACGAAUCCCACGAAUGCCAUUCUCCUCACCCAUGGGCGAAGAAGUCCUCUCUCCUACCUCACCACCCCAAUCAUCUCAAACACCGCCACAAGUUCGAAAAAAGGGACAACAAGCUGUAAACGGGCAAAGCAAUACUACACUAAGUAACCAAAGAUUCCCAAUGGAGAGACCGACGAAGGGCGAUGUGGGACGGAAGCAAGAGCGACAGGACAAAUCUCGAUUGCAUGGAUUGAACGUUGUUACAAGCUUCUCAAACACGCCGGGUUUCACCCAGAAAGCUGCUGAUGGGAACGGAAAACAAGAUCAGGGUCUAGGAUUAAGGCGACAUGGAACCCAGGAAAGUACGGAUAAGACUGGGAACCUUGGUCUUGAACAUCAGCGGUCAGGCAGGCCUCUGAAACCUUCCGCCUCAAAGGGCCGCCUGGACGAUCUGAAACGCGCGGCGAGCAAAGCAUCAACACUUUCGCCAUCAGACCGUGCCGUAAUGAUAGGGAUCUCUGUGUCGCCUGAAGACCUGGCAGACCACGAUAUAAGUAAUAAUGCUAGUCCGGCAGAGCCCGAACACUUGGGUACUGGGCGAUAUGCCAUCAGUAGGCGGCCUUCUGUCACACCUUCAAUCAUUGUGACGCCUGCGCAACGCAAACCACCUUGGUCUGAUGAGUCGGAUGAGCUGAUACAACCGCCUCGACGGAGAGCGCGGGCAGCAUCAAGCGUGUAUUCUCAGGCGCAGCUGAAUGGUGUGCGGUUUAUAAAUUCGUCUAUAGUGCCGCCUAUACCGCCGCUACCGCCAGAUUUACGGAGACCUAAAGCAGAGUUCAACCGGUCAAGUGGAAGACAAUUACCUCCAUCAUCUUCGAGGAUCGUCUCCACAAGUACAAUCUUUGACGAGGAGCUCGAUUCUGACAUUGUAGGGAGACCUAGUACUGGAGAGUCUCAAGUAGGGAUAUUAACCAAACAGGCCAGCAUGGAUAGUAUUGCCAGUAUUGCCACAAGACAUCGCUCUAGAGGGUGGUGGGACCAUAUCGUCACUCCCUUCUGGCCUCGGUCCCCUAUGACUUUCAAGGGUUCUUCUCCACCAAUACCGACUUUACCAAAUGCUCGCCAGGCUACUGAGGCAAAACACGAUCGAGACAGGCCCACCUCUCACAAUGUCUCCCCUGAGACAGCAGAACAUGAGGGUCUGAGAAGUGGUCAUACGAGCUGGACAGACAUGAGUCUGGAUGCUGAAUGGGAGAAGAGAGCUCCUGACCUUGACGACCAGCCUCACAAAGAACUACUAGUCUCGGAGCCGCCACGACAAUUGCCAGCGACAGAUACGCCCAUUUCACCCGUCGAACAUGAAGGCUUUGGAGCAGCGUCCGAAUACUAUGAGGCAUGUCUGUACGAUAUGCACAGUCCAGAACCCUACUUUAAGUGCCAGAACCAUACCUGCUUGCCGUCACAAGUAGACCCCACCGAGGCAGAUGGCGGUCAGAGGAAUGCUUCGGCAAGAGCAGCGGAUGGAGAUGCCGGUCCAAGAGAAGUCCUAGAACGGCUAAAUACCGAACCAUCACAAUCGCUUGCUGUUCAACAAGCGCCUAGGAAUCGAUUUUCUGCAGCCUUCCGUGAGGCCGUUGCGCCAGAGUCAAGGCCAAAGCCAAGGCCUGUCAGUGAAGAAACCGAGAUCGAAGAUUUAGACACUACGCCUGAUGUCGAAGAAGCCCACGCUGCGCCAGUCGUCCGUGCUCCUGAACCUGUACCGGCUGCUCAAUCACUGCUGCCCGACAAUGAUCGUCAAAACACUAGAGAGAUCGAGGAACCUACAGCACUACCACCAUCAGAGCCUACUCCCCACCAACCUCCGGCUUAUUCGCCGCCCAGACAGGAAAGACCACCCAGGCGAUAUGUUGCCGUGAUGCCUCCUAAUCAUCAGCCGAAUACGUUCGAGCAAACUGGUUUGCCAGCGCCCCCAACAUCUGGCGCUCAAAGACAGAUGCCUCGGGAUACACUACCUAUGGCGGAAACGUCCAGAGACAACGCUGAGUCUCAGCUAGCUGGCACCAGGAACAUGCGCAUUCGCAGUUAUGAGAAUCCUGAAACAAGCAGGCCUGAGACUACGCUUGCGGACCUCUAUCCGCCACCGAGAGAUGCUGGUAGGGCUCAGAGAGCCUGGGAGAUUCGUGAGAAGGAUACCCAAACGCCUCGAGAACACAAUUCGAAAGUUCUUGCGGGUUUCGGUAAGUGCUUCGGUCGUGAGAAGAAACCAAUGAGCAAGAAGAAGAAAUGGACGCUCAUUGCGCUAGCCAUCGGGCUUUUGUUGAUGGUGAUUUUGAUCAUGGUUCUAGCUAUGACUUUGACCCGGAAAGGUGGGCCAGGACAGACGGUGCCUGUACAGACAGCCUGGCUCAACAUAACAGGGUACCCACCCAUACCAACGGGCAUAUCAACUAUAGUCCAACCCAAGCCUGUGUCAGAAAUAUCUGAGUGUGUCGUCCCGUCAACGAUGUGGAGUUGUGAUUUGCCAAAAGAGGAACAGCAGUCUUUUUCCACCGGUGCAGCUGACCAGCCAAACUUCAGGGUGGAGAUAGUCUUCCAGAACGGAACGAAUGGUAUAGCGAACGCUUCCAGCGUCAAUAGAAGAUCGUACGGGAGCAACCAUGGGAGAUCUUAUGGGCAUAUGGUCAAUCCAGUCUCUGCUGGUAGCUUCGUCCGCGAUCGAUUAUUGCAAGCUCGUAACGCCCUCAGCGGAAACUCGGACUCGCCAUCUCCCCCACCUCCCAGUCAAGAAGACCAGACGUUCCUCGGCAACACCACAGACAACAAUACGGUACCAUUCGACGGCGAAUACACACCAUUCUUCAUGAGCUUCUUGUCUUCAUCCAAAUUACCAUCUCGCCUUCUAAAACGCCAAAGCAGCAGCAAUACUGACAAUACCGCCGAUCCCUUCCCCAACAUUACGAACUCAAUCCCACCCCCAGAUACCAACGCCAAUGGUACGGCUGCAGCAGCAGUACUUCUCCCGUAUCCUUCAGCUCAACCGCUUCGUCUCUACAACCGCGGGCAGUCCACCGAACACUACGGCUUCUAUACCUACUUCUCCAAAUCCGUCUUCCUCAAGUCCACCGCACCUAUCGACGGCAUCUCCAACAAUACCAGCUCCGUUCCAGAUGACGAAGAUGGUGGUGCAGAAGAAGACGCGGCUUCUGUACGCUGCACGUGGGCUCAGACUAGGUUUCUAGUACAGAUAUGGACGAAUAAAGGCUUUGUAGCUUCGUCCCAGGCCUCGGAUACCAAUUCCACCGUCUCCUCUAACAACGCAACCAAUCUCACGGCUUCCUCCGCCAAUGACUUCCAAGCCCCAGGCUCCUUUCCCUAUCCUGUCACUAUCACCCUAGACCGCCACGGCGGGGAUAUUAACUCUAAGAUGAUCUAUUGUUAUGGUAUUGACGACGAAGAGAACCCUAUCUCAAACCAGAAGAAGAUUGAGCUUGAGGAUCGAUCCUUUGGAGGCACAUUGGUCAACCCAACACUAGGACUGUUCGGGAAUGCGAAUGUGACACUGGCCGAUGGCGGCCCUGGUGGGAUUGAUGGAGGUAGCGGAGGGUGUGAAUGCCAGUGGAAGAAUUUUGGGUGGCAGUGA